AUGGAUGUCUCCAUCAGCAUUAUUCACAAGAAGUCUCCUAAAUACAUAAAAAAUUUUCCAUGUUCUGUGGAGAUCCGUGGGCAACACAACCACUCGACUGAAGUAGCGGAAGGUCUUAACCAGCUGAGAGGAUCAGAAAGUACGAAGGUGGUGUUUGAACAGUACUUCGAGCAAGGUCUGGCACCAGCUCAGGCACAUCGGCAUCAUGUCCUGAAGAUGGACCUGUGUGAUGAUAUAUAUGGCCAAGCUCAUCAGGCUAUAAAUCCAUCAAAGAGAGCAAUUCAGUAUAUGUUUGAUGUGUGGUGGAAGAGGAAACAUGGUGGCCUAAAUACGCCAACCAUGUUUGAUGCCAUACAGAAGUACGCAGAGAACAACCCAGAAAUCAUUCUGAGAAUUGAGCAUUCUCAAGGCAGCUUCUGCAUGAUUUUGAUAACACCGUUUAUGAUGAGGGCCCACAGGCAACUUAAAGAAGCUGGGGAGGUGGUAUUUGUUGAUGCCACAAGCUGUGUUGAUCAACUUAACACAGUCAUAAUCCCAUUCAUGUGUGCAGGACCAGCUGGUGCAGUGCCAUUCGCUUUAGUUUUCACAUCUUCUCAAGAUGGAGUAACUCUGACUAAAGUUUUUGGCUUGGUGAAAGAGGCACUGGGUGGGAGCGCCCUCUAUGGCAGAGGGGAGCCGCAGUGUUUUAUGACCGACAACUGUGGAACAGAAAGAAAGGCUUUGGCAACCAAAUGGCCUAAAUCAAAGCUCUUCCUCUGGCUCCUUGAUUCCAGGCAUGGCAUCCAUAAACUACAUCGGCAAGAGCUUAUGGGUAUGAUGAAGUCUCUUGUAUAUGCAAAGUCAAGGGAUGAAUUUGGCGAAUUGUGGAAGAAAGCUGAAGCCAAUUCUCUUCUAGAGAAAUACCCUAAAUUUAGAAGUUAUCUAACUACCUUGGUACAAAGGAGAGAAGAAUGGGCAAUCGCUUUCCGAGCUGGAGUGAUUUUGCGUGGGCACCACACUAAUAAUUAUGCAGAGUCAACAAUGUCCAUAAUUAAGGAUAUAGUGCUCAAUAGAUGCAAGGCCUACAACACUGCACAGCUGAUGGUCUUCAUGGUGGAGAUUUUUGAUUGCUACACGAGGCACAGGUUGGUGGAUGUAGCAUUGGGCCGACAGCGGGUGAAAUCCAUCACUGUUAACAUGAUAGCAAUUGCUGCAGAAGGUGGUGGGCUAUACUCUGUGCAAAGCCAGUCUGAUCAAACACAGGUAUAUGAAGUAGACCUCACCAUCGGCAUGUGCACAUGCGUGAAAGGGCAAGAUGGGGCCAUCUGCAAGCAUCAGAUUGCAUGUGCAGACUACAGUAUGACUGCAGUGCCCCAAAUGUUUGUGAUGACCAGAAGCAGUCGGCAGUCAUUGGCAGCCCUAGCUGUUGGUCCAGAAAAAGCCACGAAGGAAAGUUUUUUUAAAGGUUUAACUGAGGUAGAAGACAAUGAAAAUGAAAGCAAUGGAGGAAAUAGAACAUUGGCAGCCCCAGCCCUAGUUGUUGGUGCAGAAAAAACUCUGAAAGAAAGUUUUCUUAAAGGUUUGAAUGAGGUAGAAGACAAUGAAGAGGAAAGCAAUGGAGGAAAUAGAACAAAUAAAAGGAUGGAAACCAAUACAAGAGAGUUAGAAAAUACCAAUGAUGAAAAACUUAAAAGGAAGUGGCUGCACGUGGUUAAGAGAGGAGGAUAUACACCAACAAAGAACAGCAGAGUGUGCGAGUUGCAUUUUCGUCCCGAAGAUCUGUAUGGGAAGUUUCUCACUUUGACGAAAAAGUGGAAAAAAGAUCACUGCACGACUUGUAAAACCCCGACUCUGUAA